ACCAAAAAUAGAUUUAAAAAAAAAACAGAACAAUCUCUGGGAUAUACAGCCUUCCGGAUCCGGCAAUAAAAAACAGACACGUUAUUCCGGUUUCGCUGUGAUGGAGGAGGGAUUGAAGCUGCAGCAGAGGCACGGGAAGGCAAGGGUGAGAGUUGCCCGGGUAUGGAGAGAAGAAGGAGACGACGACGGCGGCACACAUCACUUCGCGGAGUGGAACGUCAGCAUAAGCCUCCUCUCCGAUUGCCUUCCCGCCUACAUCGCCGGCGACAACUCUGAUAUAGUCGCCACCGAUACCAUGAAGAACACCGUAUAUGCUAAAGCCAAGGAAUGUUCCAAGCGACUCUCAGCAGAGGACUUUGCUAUUGAGCUGGCCAAGCACUUCACUUCAUAUUAUAGGCAGGUCACUGCUGCUAUCAUCAGGAUAGUAGAGAAGCCAUGGGAACGUGUCAACGUGAACGGCCAGCUACAUACACAUGGUUUUAAGCUUGGGUCUGAGAAGCACACUACUGAAGUGCUCCUAGACAAAUCCGGCGGAUUGCAGGUUACAUCUGGUGUUGAGGGUUUAGCAGUGCUGAAGACAACAAAGUCAGGUUUUGAAGGGUUCAUAAGAGACAAGUACACUAUCCUGCCUGAAACACAAGAAAGGAUGUUGGCCACAGAGGUUACAGCAUUAUGGAGGUUUCAAGACAUAGAAUCAAUCCACUUAAAGAUGCCAAACCUUCAUUUUCUACCUGUCAACUUGUCAAGCAAAGAUAAUCCAGCUAUUGUCAAGUUUGCUGAUGAUGUGUACUUGCCAACGGAUGAACCACAUGGCUCGAUCGAGGCAACUCUGAGCCGCAUUCACUCAAAGAUUUGAAUCCUGGCUUUCAUCAAAGGUCAAUGGUAAAGAGUACUUCACAACACGUUACCCUUAUCCCCUAUCCACAGCAGAAAAUUAAGUAAAGGACUUUGCACUUAUGACUUGUUCAAUGUUCAUGCAGUCUGUAUAUAGAUUGCUUCUAUUGUGCUUGUUUCUAUUGAUUAAAUCAACCAAUCAUCAUCACCUUACUCGUAACAAUGUCGAGGUCAAUCGUACAAAAUUUAGUCUCAAUUAAUUACGGAGUAUAUAAAAUUAUUAAUCAUAU